UAUCUACAAAUCCGGUAUAUUCCUGUAAUUUGAGAAUCGACUAGUCUUCCUAGUAGUAAAGUAGCGGAAACCUGCAGAAAUGACGCGUUUCUUCUACCUCUCAACAGUUCUGUUGAGCGUUGGUUCUUUUGUGUGCGGUUUCGAUGCACGCAAAAUGAUGGAGGAGAAUCUGAAAAUUUUGAAUUUAGCCAGAGACUCACCAGCAAGUGAACGGAAGUUGGAUGUUUCGGAGUUUUAUUUGAACUUUUUGUGCGACGCACAGUUUUCCGAACUGAAUAUCAGUGAAGUGUGCGCUCUUCAGAUGGAGGCUGUUUGCAAUAACACCGAAGUGGUGACUUUGAUGGCGGAUGCUUGGUCUAAAUACCCAUACGCAGGAAUGCUUACAGCAUCGAGAGGCGAUUAUGGCGCUUUCGAUCAAUGCUUGUCCAUUAAUUAUGAGCCCGUAGAAGGGCCCAGAAUCUUGGGCAAACAAUGUACUUUUGGACUGGCAAUUCCAGUGGAUUUAACUUUUAACCAAUUUUACUCGUUGAGUUACUGCGUACCGGAUGGAUGUAGCGCCCGUGAUUUGCUCAGAUUGGUUAACAGCGGUUUUCUACCAGAAGACAGCGUCUCUCAGUUGAUAAACGAGCAAAUAUGCUCUACUUCGGAGACUUUUGGAGCCUGGGAUGCCUCCUCUAUAGCUGUAGCUACGCUCUUCUGCCUUGUUCUGCUGCUGGUCAUUCUUUGCACUUUCUACGAAGUGUUUCUGCAUCAGCGAAAAACCAAAAACUCAUCGCCGCUUCUAACAGCAUUUUCCGUCUUCAACAACGGCCGGAAGCUGACCGGAACCACCCAGCAGACCGCCAACAGCGACCAAAUCCUCUCUUUUCACGGAAUCAAAGUGAUCAGCAUGAUGUGGAUUAUAGCGGGCCAUGCGGCAGGAGCGUUUACCUUUCUUCCAGUUACCAAUCGGAGGGAAGUUGAAGAGUUCGAAUCGGAAAGAUAUGCCCAGUAUUUGACAACGGCCCAUCUUGCUGUCGAUACAUUUUUCUUCAUUUCGGGAUUUCUACUGGCUUACCAGUACUUUAAAGGACUGGCCAAUAAGCCGAUUCUGGUGCAAAUCAUGGCGAUUCCGCAGAUGAUUGUCCAUAGGUAUCUGAG